AUGGACGAGAAGCUUUAUGAUUCAUUCUAAAAAAUAUUGAUAGAAAAUUAAAAUUUGAAGAUACAAAAUAUAAUAUAAGGAUAAGUAAGAGUAAUUCAAUAAAACACUUAAUCAUAAGUUUUUAAAAAUAACAUUAUUUGA